CUGAGAGGCGCCGCGCGUAUUUAUGUUCUCCCUUUCCGUCAAACAAAAAACAAAUACGGAGUAGAAAAAGAAGCUGCUCCUCUUCCACCUGCGUUUCCCCCUUCCGUGGCUCGUCUUCUCUUGGUUUCCUCCUCCGGCAAAGCCGAACUACCCAAGCGGAGAGAUAGAGCGUCGAACGACGGGGUGGGCUCUGCAAAGUACGCCGCAGGGCCGCUGAUGGACCCCCGCCACCUAGGCGUAACCCCCGGCAGCGGCGGGAGUGGCGGCCAGUCAGUGGACGCGUCGGCGAGGCGCCGCCGCCGCAUGUCGGCCCCGUUGACAGGCACCCGCCUCAUGCUGGCCUUCAACGCUGCUGCUGGUGACGGUUAUGGCGGGAGGUCGUCGUCGUCUUCCGGAGGGUUGGACUUCUCGUUAGAUGAACCGCACCCCCGCUACAACCACCAUCGUGUCUACCCCGAGUUCUCUCCAAUGUUGAAUAUGGGGCGCCUCCUCUUUCAUGGCUCUCCACUAGGGUCGCCUACGACUGACGACGAUGUCCUCGUCAUGGAUGGUGUGCUCGUCGCCGACGGCUUCAGCCCUGGCCCCAGGCGCUACGCCUCCUUCACCGACCUAGGCUUGGUCAACACUAACUCCCCUGGCUCUGGCGGCAGCGGUCGCCACGGCUCCAGUCUCGUGUUUUCAUAUGCGAAGGAGUCUUGUGUGGCACGAGCUAUGAAUCCAAGACAUUCUGAGGUGGAACUUCCGCGCGGGCGAUCAGUGCAGGGUGUCUGUCCCAACAUGCAGGCAAGCCCCAGAACCUAUCACUCAUCGUUGCAGGGAGCCGGCGUUGCAACCAUACCCAUGAGGCCAACGGCCGCUCCGUACUUGACGCCUCCGAGAGAUGUCGCCACCACCACCACUGCCACUACUGCGAGAGCGCAGGCCGGCUUCUCGUGGACACCAAAGCGGCCCGAAUCGAAGCUGCCGUCAGUGCAGCGGGCGACGUUUGUGUGGCCGCCGACCGAGGAGGAGAACGCGUCCAUCAGCCAAUGCCUGUACGGGCCCCGUGGCGCCCCUCAGCGAAGGUUCCCUGUGUUCGUGAGCAUCUGCCCAGCGUGAAAACGCGCCCUCACUCUGGUGUUCAGUGCAUCCGUAGUCUCGAUCCGGUAAAAUCGCGCAAGACGGCCACGGAUGAGACUCGUUCUUCCAAAGGUGAGAAUGCUGUCGCUGGUCGAGUUAGCGAACUGCCCAGGAAUCACGACCUCUCUUUUACGCCGCCUACUAGUUGUGAAUGUGUUUGUUGGAAAACCCAGAUGACAAUUCGCGUCGGUAUUCCUCUGUAAAUGUGUUAGUUUGCCGAGUUGGGACAAGCGGGUAGAUGCGGUUGACGUAUAUGUGAGUAGAAGUAGAAUUACUGGUAAAUACUUAGUACACAGACAUCGCUCGUGACACCGUUUGUUUGUCGCUGUAUAUUCAGGAUCUUUAUCACUUCGGCUGCAGUUUGUUUUGCUCAAAUUCAAGAGCUUCAGCACCUUUGUGAUCGUUCGUA